CUGAUCAGUCUUUAUAUGUGUGUACAAUGGCUGAAGGGAUUAGCAAAGAAGUGAAGAUCAAGGCAGCCUCAGAGGCCCUAACCAGCCAACUGGAUAAUCUCUUUGGAGUAAUAGACCCCUUGUCUAUAUCUAUGAAAUUGAUUUCCAAAAAGAUCACUGAUCGAUCGAUUCUUGAGAAGGUCAGAUUGCAAAGUUCCACUAAGAGUGAGAAGGCGUGUGAUGUUCUAACUGCUGUCUCUGAUGCUGUGAUGGUUAACCCAAACUACUUUGACACUUUUUGCGAUAUCCUCGAUAGUGAGCUAGUAACUAAAGAUGUUGCAAGGAUUCUGAAAGAGAAUUAUCAAGCGAACCUUCAGCAAAUCCACAGAGCUCAGCAAAUUCCAACAUGCACAUGUAAUGUGCUACAAAAGUCAUCCUUGAAUGACCUUAAAAAAUUGCUAGACGCUUUGAAAAUAUACAGCGGUGCCGAUAAGAAGAAGAUGGAACAAAAGGGUCUUACAGAAUACGUGACCUGCUUCAUUCAAGCUGACUGCUCUUCCACUGACCAUUUGGAGGAGCAUCUCCUGGCUCUACACGAACAAGAUAGCUUGAUUACUGAUGUCUCCGUAUACCAUUGGGUGAAACAACUGGCCACACAAAAAUUUACUGAAAGUGUGGCCAUACCAACAAGUCCUCUUAAAGUUGCUCCUGUUACAAAAUCAUGUCUGUUUUCAAAGCCUGUUGUGUAUCAUGCCAGUAUUUGCUCACUAGCAGUCAACAAAACUGAUGCCGGGGAGUACCAAAAGUUCUUCAAAGACAAGCGGUUUGUUCCUGGGCACUCGCUUAAAGAAGUCUCCAUCUCUCGGUCAAAACAGGAUCGGUAUCUCAUAGCAACUCAAGACGACUCCACCUACUACAUUGCCUUUCAGAGUGAGCCAAACAUCACAGAAUGGCCCAAGAGAUUCACAUCUUUUGAAAAUGGAGUCAAAAUGCAGUCAGAGAAUUUUCCAAUUGACUUCAUCACAGAACUUCUCAACAAUGACACAAAGAGAGUUGUUCUUACAGGUUUUUCUUUUGGUGGAAUGCUGGCUUGUUCAAUAGCCGUUCAAGUGUGGCAGCGAGGGUACAUACCAGCUCAGCUGCUACAAGAGAACCUCGUAUGUAUCACAUUUGCUCAGCCCCACCUCCCAGUGCCCCAACUAGCAGACUUAGCGAGAGACCGUCCUGAGAUUGCUAACACAAUCCAUGCCAUCUACUUUGAGGAGGACAUAGUUCCUCGCCUUCUGAGGGUUUUUGACCUACCAUGUAGCACUCUGAUUGAAGAGCGAGUAACAAGAGAACCUGGCCUUCAGAUGAAAGUUAGAGAACUACCCAAAGCUCAGGCUUUUCAAGACCUUUUAACACAGAAGCUUCUCUCAGACAUAGGGCAGCUAUUAUUUGAAAGCUUGGAAGUGUCCUCCUCAUUUUCUGAACUUGUGGAAUUCCUAAAGAGGAUAUUGGAAGGGUUGUCUCAAAACGCUGGACUAAGCCAAUCGUUGACCUACUACCAGCUCUCGUACUCCACCGAUCAGUCCUCCUGUCUUCAGUUCAGUGAGAUGACAAAAGAUCAAUCAGCCAUUCAAUCCUCACAUCUCAAGAUUGGUGAAUUAGUUCAUCUCACGCCUGAAGUCUUUAAAAAGCAUUCCAUGAAUACGUACUGUGAGAAGCUCUUUCGAGGCUACUUGGACAAAACUCCUGGUUACAGAAUCCAACCCCAAGGAAAGGCCCCAUCUUCUCUCAACAUGAGACCGACUGUAAGUGGUGUCACUAUUCACGAACACGGCUCAGAAGUUGCUUUGGUGGUGGAAGGUACCAACUUUUGGUUCUGCCAUCGUCUGUCCAUCAGAGGAGAGAGUGUUGUAACUCCAGCCUCUAAAAUCUCUGGUACGUCAAUGAAGCUCAAUUUUGACAAAGAAACCAAGACGACACUGAGUGCACUUUCUGACAACGAAGAAGUCAGUCUCAAAGUGUUCAAUCACUUCAUGAAGUCUCCAGUUGCUGUAAAUGUGAAGGUCGUGAAGAAAGAAUACCCGGUCAGCACAAGACAGCGACAGCUAGCUCGGCUCACUCCCUCUCAGCUGAUCGAGGUGACCUACCUUAGUGCUCUGCUUGAGAAGCAUCCCUACAUCUCUGGCCCCCAACCUCAGUCACACAAGGUGACCGUUAUCAAGGCAUUUCUUGACAAGGUAGUGAAUGUUGUGCCUUUGGAAAGUAUUGGAUACGCAAUUGCAUAUGGAAACGAUCAUGUUGCGCUGCAAUGUGUCAAUGUGGUGGAUGCUUUAUUUGAUGAUUUACCUUCUUCCUAUUUAAUGGAUGAUGGUUUUGAUAAAGCAACAGGCAGAGUUGGUAGCGGUAUGUCAGUUGAAAUUGAUAAUGAACUGGUUAAGCAAGUUAUUCGUCCGAUUAUUGACAGUAUUGAUAUCAAGAAUGAUAACUAUUCAGUUACUCAUGACUUUAAUAAAGAAGAUAGGACACUCACAAUUACAGUUUAUUCUUCAGAGGAAACAUUAACUCACCACACAUACUCACUCGAUGAGCUCGAAAAGAAAUAUAAGAUAGCACCCAACAUCGGUUUAUCACAGCUAACUUAUUUGAAAAAUUUAGGUUCUCUACACAGUAAACUAUUUCACAAGCAAAGAUCAGGCAUAGUCAGCAGUGUCAUAUGUGGAUUAAAUAUAAGCUCACUAUACGGUGCAUCAAAAACGAAACUCAAGUCACCUAUUGAAACGCUGCGACUAGGAAAGGAAAAACUUGCUUCCCCAUCCUCAGACAAAUUGGCAUCUUCUGUGUCUUCUUCUGUUACUUCUGACAUGAACUUAGAAUGCCUGGAUAACUCUCUCAUGCUGAAAACUGUGAACGAUAUUCGUCAAGAAGAGCUAGCGAUAUGUACGUCACUGCUUGCGGGAUUCAUGGAACAACAUCAAAUUGACAUUCCAUUAAUGAAAUCAGAGAAAGAUCACUCAAAAGCAUUACAACUUUCUGCCAGAGCAAGUGUGGGUGUGUGGGCGUUAUCAAGUCUUGAUUUUGAGCAUAUUCAGCCGAUUCUCAAGCAAUGCCGUGGUGAACAACUGCUUGUCAAGAUUGAGAAGUAUAUCAAGGGUAUUGUUGAAGCCAAAGCAAUGUCACCUACUCCAGACGACACCAAAUAUGCUGCCAAACUUCAGUUCAUUGUUCAAGGAGCAGAGAAAACAGUAACCUGCAACAGCCAAUACAUCAGCUACUCCCUCGAGCGACAACUUGCUGACACUUGUUGUGAAAGGAGAAUCACUGAAGAUAUUCCCUUGGAAAAACUACUUUCACUGUGGGACCAACUUUUUGAGAAAAACAUUCUCUCCCUUGUGGCCAAAUCUCAUCGCCCGCUGAUUGCUCGCUGGCUGAAGUGGGCUUUGAUGGUCCACAACCUUCGUGAGGAGCUGGCCAAGUACACAGCCGUGGGGGUGGUGGGACUCGUGAACUCAGGGAAGUCACGACUCAUCACCACACUCUUUGGAAUACAGAUUCCCUCUGGCACUACUGAGGAGAAUAGGACGACCGUUCCAUUUAUGUACAACCUUGAAGACAGAGUGGAUGGUCUGGACGUGGUGGACUUCCCUGGGGUGGACGACAGAGACGAGAGCAUCUCUGGACUGGCUGACCUCCUCCUCACUCUGGCACAGAUCAUCAUCUUUGUGGUGGACUACAGGAAAGUCCACACUGAGUCCAGUAAGAAGUGGUUGGAUAGACUGCAGGUUGAGAAAGUUCCUGUGCUGGUGUGUCUUACCUUUGCAGACAAGCUCUAUGCUGAGCACAUGAGAGACGGCAAACACCUUACUGAUGAAAGCAAGUACCCUGACAAGAUAUCUACUAAGCACAAGCUUCAAGCUGAGCUGGCUAGAAUCAAAGAGAAACUGGAACUCUCAUCCUCUCAUCAAAUCGAGUUCUGCUCAUUCAGUCAGGACAAGGAUUCUAUUCUGAAUUGCGAGGAGGGUCGCCAAAGACUGAGGGACGUGGGAAUCAGCACCCCCUCUGAGGUGGGGGAUUGGCUGGUGGACACCUUUAGGAAGAGAUUUGGACAAGACGAUCUGGCAGACAGGCUCAGAGAUUUUGUACAUUCUAGUUAGUUUCUAGUUAGUUGCAUCGAAUUCAUUAGUGUGAGUCUUUUUAUGUUUUGGUUAGCUACAAUUGUAUUCUUAGUCUCA